AGAAAACCAUUUCCAAAGCAAAAUUCACGAAAAUAAUCGUUGCCGGAGUGACUCGAGCAGCUGGAGUUCUCUUUUUUUGCGCUCAGAAAAAAAAAUGUAAAUGGCGGAAGUUCCAUUGCGUCUGUCAGUUGUGGUGUUACUCUUGUCUACCUGCUUUGUUUUGUGGGACAUCGUCUCCGGCUUCAAUCUAUAGUAUACAACUACUUCAGCACGUAGUCAGAGACAUAGGAAAUUAUAUCUUGGCUAGGUAGUGCGUCGUGUUGGUGUUGAAGCUCCCAUUGUUCUUCUGAGCAUUUUUCCUUGUUGCCUGAGAUCCGAAAAAUCUAGAACAGGGGGAGCUAUGCCGUAGAGUAGUUGUUAGACCCAUCGCACACACACAAUCACCACCACUGACGCCACGUCGGUAUCUCCCCCGACUCCUUGCGACGGAGUUUCGAUGCCAGAUAGUUAGACACCCGUACGUGGCGGGUCAGCUGUGCCCCUUUACAGUAGAAAGUAGGUAGAGCCUCAGCGCCCCGCGCAUCUGUGUGCGCAUUCCAUCUAGAAAUAUGGUCCCGGUCGGCGAUUUCCCUCUCCACAGCGCUGGCAGCACUUCAUCUUCUUUUGACGGGCUCUGGCUCUCAACAUCUUCUUUGGACGGGUUCACAUCUUCUCUUCCACGGCCACGAGCGCACAAGGUGCAAGAACGAAAGCUAGCAGGUCGCCCCUAGUCUAAGCACAAGCAAACUAGACCACGACGAAAAAGCGGAAAACGGGGGCGCGGAGCCUCGAGAAUGAGGAAAAGAUAUACAUCUGGACCAGGAGCUGCUGAGAUGUCGAUAGAUCCUGAUAUUGAUUUUCUCUGAUAGAGAUUCCAGAUGUAUCCCUUCUAUCUUUUCUCGAUUCAAGGAGCGGAUCCAUACAUAUUCGAAUUCCCCACGAUCCAGCGCAGCCGCCUAGUGGAAGAAUCUCAGAUUUUUAAGGCGCAGCUAAAGUUCGUGUCUUGAUUUCGUAGACGCGGACUUUGUAGAACAAGACGAAGGUCCGGCCAGAGCCACCCGAGAGAGGGUGGUAGCACGAAAAAUAUGCUACCGCCCUGCAGAGCCUGAUCGUGAAGAAAGCGGAGAGGUGAGCUCUGCCGCAAGCUGCUCCCGGGCGGAGGCAGCGAAUUGUCUACAGAGUUAAGGGACAAGCACCUAACAUAUAUGGUGCCCAAUAUGACCCUAAACUCGCCCAAGCCCCGGACCGUCCCAGCGUAGACAGCCGCACCACAGAGGGCAUGCUUGUGAGCAGAUGGAGCGCACCCGGCCGCGGCUCGAAGAGACGAAGCUGCAACAGUGUACCUCAGUGCCCGCGACUCAAAGAGAUGUAGUUGCAUUAUGGCGCGAUUGGUACAAGGAACGGGAGAUAAUGCUGGCCGAUUAGGUGUUUCUCCUGAGAGCGGUGCCUCCCUGCUCGUUUCCUCCGGGUGAUCUGCGAAGUCAUGUUCCACUUGAUAGCAAUAAGUAUAGCUUAAACAGGUGUGAAGGAUCCUCCUCCUCCUUCUUCUGAGCAUUUUUCACUUUCCACAAAUAGAGAAAAGUGAAGUGUCCUACUCACCUCUUGUAUGAGGAAAAUGGCUUUGAAAAUAUCGGUCCGACCAAGUUUUUUCCAAGCAGAUGCAGAAAAAAAAAUUGAUAUUUCGGAACACAUGUGAUGAAUUUGAUGAAGCUCGUCGUUAAUAAAAAUGAUCAGCAAGGUGUGGUCUGCACCUACAAAGUAAGAAAAUAACGGAUGCUCAGUCAAGCAUUGCACGAUCAACAUCGUACCUUGCACCUCAAGAUCCAAAUGCAAACGAUCCCAACCAGAUCGCGAACAAAUCGCGACUCAUUGACGAAACAAGUUUUGAUCGCAUGAUAAAAAAAUGCUCCCCUGUCGGUGAUCGGUAACGGUAUGGGUAGUGCCGUACUUUGCUAAAGCAAGUAAAUCACGUUCUUGAGACCAAUUCUCUCUUUCCCCUUACCAGCACCAGCGUCAGCAAAAAGCCUAACUGUAGCUAGCAGAUCCAGAUUCUCUAGUCUAUCAAUAACAAUAAGAAGCGAGCACUUGUUUUAACUAUAACUGGCUCUAAGUUCAUUUUUAUGCCUGCAAGUUUUGUAACCGUAGCGCGUGUUUCUAUUUUUUUCUGAAAUUCAGUAGAAUUCCAUUGCUUUCUAAGUAACUAUAGCGGACAAAAAAAAACUUCUGUGUGCUCAUCUUUGUUUCGCGAUUUGAUAAAAUUUCUAAACGUACAGUAAGAACAGCAGCAAGAAGCAUAGCGCCUUUUCUCUAGCUCUGCCAUCUACCUGAAACACCAACACGACUGCAUCUUUAGUCAUCCAUAUUCUCAAUCUCAGUCGGCUCGAAAAAUUAAAACGGCGAUCAGUUGCACUCGUAUUGGCUGGGCCGCUUUGGCUCUCCUCGUGAGCCUACUGCAGCGUGAGAAUUUCGUUCUUGGCGCAGACUCGCAGUCGCCCGGCGUGUCCCGCAGGUCUCGCAGCAAGUCAAAUUCGUCGCAACGGGAAGUCGGAAAGGCGAACAGCAAAGCAACAGCAGUGGCAAAACCAAAAGGAAAAGAUCGAUCACUGAGAGUAAAUAAAAUUUGCCAGAACAGGCACAAGCAGCGGGCGGAAACGGAUCAAAGGCUUACACAAGUGAGCCGAGUUCUGUGGCCCUGUGCGGACUUUGGAAACGUGGCAGCUCCCGAGAGCGUCGGCUUGAUACAAUUCGAGGACGCGCAGGCUUUUGCAAAGCAUGCGCGCCAUAGGACGACGCUUGGAGAAACCAUCUGCCUCUACACAGGAACCGUCGAUCUCCGCAAAGACGAUUAUCUUCAGCGCAACCACUAUGCUCGGCACAGUUCUGAAACUGGUGUCGUGAGUCAAGGCGCUUUUAUUCAAAUCGACCGAAACGCCGCGCAGAAGGGUCAACUACAUGGGACAACAGACAAGAAGGAGACUGUUCUGGGGAAAUACGCGGGCACUUUCAAAGAUAACCAAUCUCACGGUCGAGGCACCAUCCACCUGGGGACGGGCCGAGCCCUUCUCGGGCAGUGGAAGGAGGGGCGGCGGGCUUUGCACUACGAGAGCGGCGAAGGCCGCGGCGAGAAAGGCCUCUCAAAAUGGGGACGCGGGCAAGUGGAGAUAGUCGACGACAGUUUGCUUCCACAUUGGCUCGAUCGAGAACUCAGAGCACCAGAAAAUCCCUGGAGAGCCGUUCAGUUGUUCGAUGGAGAGCUCUCGGAGCACUAUCUUCGCGAAGACCGUGCGCAUAGGCACCCGGACCCGCGACGGAUUCUGGAUGGUGACCACAUAAAAACCGGCAGUGUCGAUGCGGAUAGGGAUACUGAUGCUUUGACGCAUGCAAUUCUUGGCCCUGAGGCUGAGGAAGACAUCGGGUAUGCAGAUCUUCAGGAGGAGCUUCUCAACCCGUACCACGAUGACAAUGACGACGUGGCAGCCCUCAUAACUCCUCAACAAGUGCGCACCUUAGCCCGCGUGAACUACUUCGCGCGCGGGGCGGGGGAAUUCUUUUCAGCGAUCGAACCAGCCCUCGGCAGUCACGGAAGUGGAGGCCCGGCUGCCUCCUACAGACGCGGCGGGCUUGUUGCGGACUACAGCACGCGGAAAGCCAUCCAGGAGGCGGAGAAAAACGGGAACAGAGUGCUCAAGUCCACCCUCAAAGCGGAAAUUUGGUACGGGCCACUGCUUGUGGAUCCCAAGACCGUAGUCAGCUCGGCGCACUUGACGCAAGAUCGGUUGGAGCACGACGAUCCGCAAGGCGGCAAGCGCUCCGGUAUGUCGCUGCUUCGGACGGAAACCAGAUACGAUCUCGAUCCGGAGAAAAUUCGAGAACUCCAGGAACGGGACAGGCAGAACGAACGGGAGCGGCAACAGGACCCGCGCGAGGGGAGACGAGGUGGGCCGCCCCCGAAAGCGGCUCCGCUGGGCAAAGAGGAGCUCGAGAGGAGCAAGAUCACACGCCAGCGAUUGUACCGGGGGCCGUUGAACUCUCGUCUGCAGCCCGACACAACCACCCGGAUGUGGCACAAAUACCUAGCAGAACUCCCCUCGGUCAUUCCCGCGGAAGUGCGGGCUCGGACCCCGUCCGAGUUCGGUAUCGUGGAGGUCUGGCGCUCCAUGCCGCACCACUUGCAGCCGCAGUUUCGGCAAGAGCAGGAAAGACAUUGGCUGCAGAAUCCGCAAGGCGCGAUGAUACCGCCAAGAAACGUGGUGGUAGCGGAUGCGUGGCGCAACCUGUUUCCCUUCCCUUACUUCUACCCGCCGACGGCGGACCAGUGGCGAACCAUGGAGCGCGACACCUUCGCGGACGUGCGGGCUGCCGACGUGGUCGAGCGUGGUGGUGGUCCCCACGUGUUCAAGCUCACUGCCUCGCACCAGGGCGAAAUGCGAAACGGCAGGCCGGAUGGCCACGCGCGUCUUCGCUACAUCUGGCCGGAGGACAAAGCGCUGAACGAGCACCAUCUGUACAGCGGACCCGUCAAGGCGGACGACGUUGGCGGGAGCCAUUUAUUCGAUGUAGGGGUGGUUGACACCACUGGAACUACAGCUAGUGGCGUGCUGCUUCCUUCAGCUCAGUGGCAAGAUGGUGAGGAAGUUUCUGCUCGAGCGGCCUUCUCGGGCACAGAACCGAGCAGGGAGCUGGCAGCAGUACAUCACUGCGCAACAGCAUCGCCGCGACCUAGAAGCCGAUCCCUUGGCUCACGUUUUUUCCCACGCAGAACAACGCAAAAACUGUUUUGCAGAGCAAGUACGGAAUUGCAGUCGCGUCAUUUGCGGUGCCAUUCAACGAAAAGAGCGACGGCAAAUACAUGGAAGGGGUCACGCGAGUGGGCAAGUACAGCACUUCGUCUUACCAGCUUCAAGGUGAGUGGCAGAAAGCUGGCCACUCUUACAGCUUCGAAAAAGGAACGAUCGUGCUCUACAGUCUCAACCUGGGAGAAAUUGUCGAGGUGGAGCGCAAAGUAGAAGGCAGCGCGAGAAUCGGGCGGUCCAUUAUAGAGCGACCUCCUACAAUGCAGCAGCACAACUCGACCUCCUCGUCCUGGCUGGCUCAAGGCAACAAUCUCAACGGAAAGGCUUUCUUUUUUCUACAACAAGAACGAGGAAAGGCUUUGUUUCCUCCUACUCCGCUCCUCCUCCCGACGCUACACUUCCGCUACUUGCCCGAUCCAGUAAAUCCAGGCCGCCAACCGUGGCCGGUGGGUAGCACGGAGCCGGCAGACGUCGACGAUUAUGGCCAAGCGUUAGCCCAGGCACGCCGAGACUUGUGGGCGAGCAACUUUCCACAUACAUCUUCAUCUUCGUCCGGCGCGAAUUAUAAACCGCACGAGUUUCGUGCGGGUCAGAUGCGGGACAGACGCCACGUCUAUCUUGUGAGUGACCAUUUCUACGCGCAACACCCGUGGCAAGCGGACCAGGGCCUCACGGCGGAGCGGCUCCGCCAGCUGGACGACCGACACACCUUCCACACCGCUCACGCGCUGGAAAAGGAGGCUUUGACGGUCCACGACCAGAGGCAGACCGGGACCUGCUACGCCUACGCCACCGUAGCGCUGAUGCGCAUAUGCCGCUUGCUGUACCAACAGAACCGCUCGGCUAAGGACGAGGGCACCGGCAUCGUCGUUCGCGACCCCGUCGACCCGGCGGUCACUUGGGGGAUGGACUUUGCGCGGCAGCUGACGCGCGAUCUCAACCCCGUGCUGCAGACCGGCGAAAGCACCGCGAUUCUCGGCCGCGAGCUGGAGGGGGGGAAGCGGAGGGUGCUUCCGGUGCGGAGAUCCACCCUGUUUUCGCCAAUGCCGGGCGGCACGUCCCGGCACCUCCAAGCGUAUGCCGGUCAAACCGUGCUCGAACCCAUUGCUGAUGAGCACCCGCUGGCUGUGUUUCAACAGCAUCCUGCGAUGGUCGGAGUGCCGCUUGCGCUUCCGCAGCAGUCGCCUUGGUACUCCGAGCAGCACCAGCAGCAGCAGGACGGGCUUUGGGGAGUUCACCAAAUGCUCGCACAAGUGCAAAGCCAGGGUCUGCCGGCCGCACAGCAGCAGCUUCCGUUCCCUGCAUUGAUGCCCGCAUUGAUUCCAGGAACAACCAACAUGGUCCCGCUCGCGCAGCAACACCAACACCAGCAGGGGCUGUGCCAGCAACAAGCACAAGACCGCACGAGACAACAGGUCCAGCUGCUGCCUCCUCCGCGGCAGGAGCACGAUGUGCGCGAGUCUUUGCCACGCGGCGGCAUGCUCGAAACGCAGAUGCUGCGCGCAUUUGUUGGCGUGAAGCGGCUGCUCGAUGCGGAGGACGUCGUAACGUGGCUCGAGACAAAGGGUCCGGUGGGCGUCGCGUACGCCACGAAGAAGGUGGAGGAUUCCGACCGGAUGCAACCGGACGAAGAGCGGGCCAGUGGCGGACAGGAACCACAAGAAACCGACGAAGUGACUGCCAAAGAGAGAGCGAAAAAAGCCGCCCAGGCCGCGCCUCGUGUGGAGUCCCUCCACGCUAUGACCAUCAUCGGGCACGUGCGGACCGAACCCAACGCGCACCCCGCCUGGGUCCUGAAAAACAGUUGGAAUCGGCCGGGCUUUCGCAUCUUCCGCACCGACAGCAAGGAGUUCAAGAGCAAGUUUCUCGACCAGUCCACGGGCAGCUACUACGUGCCGCAGCUUCUGCCCCCGGAACGCUAUUCCACGACCCAGGAACAAGCGAGGCAGCAGCGGCACGCCAUCGAGCGCCAAGAUUAGUUACUGGGAACGGUUACUGGAAUCUCCCGCGCCGUCAAGCUACUCAGACGGUCGACUCGGAGCAGGUGGACCUCUUUCAGCAGCAAGCUCGCGCGUAGCGAGCCCGGCACCUACUCCGCGAACAUCGGGCAGAACGCCUCCCGUCACACCGUCGCGGGGGUCGCAGAUGCAAACCAAAAGCCGGAGCCCUCGGCCUCGUGCUCAUCCUCACGGCCCGCCGCAAACGCCCAGGCGCGAGAUGUCUCCACCCCCAAGCCCCACGAUGCGACCUCCCCGGACGCCGUCACCGAAUGAUGGCGGAGCGCGGGCGAAAAAGCGCAAGGAAGACCAAGGGGCGUUCACGAUCUAGAAGAUGCACAGGCACGCCGUUGCGCACAACAUACGGUCUUGCUGAUGGUUUUUCGAUCGAAUUGACUCAGCAUUUGUGGUUAUUGUUAUUCAUCACGUCCGCUACUCGUAGUUUAAGUUGGCACUGUCAGAAAGUAACUAACUAAAAUAAAAAAGCAAACUGCUUUGACUUUUGCAAAUGUAAUUAUGCUGCGCGAGACUUAACUGGUACAACUGGAGAACUUCGUAGUCUAUUUGUAUUUCUAUCGUAUGAAGAAGAAAGCCCAUGUUUAGACGUACAUGUCCAAUAAUAUACACAAAGAAAACCCUUCUCGUUCUCGAUGCUCUUCUCUACAAAAUGUUCGCGCCGAAUGCGCUCAGGGCAACAUGACACCAUGCUCACUUAUUGUUA